AUGGCUACCUCUACUUUGCGACCAAGUACCCCUCCACCUUCGACUUCCCUCAAAACACCUUCAACACCACGCUUUGGAUAUGAUGAUAAUUACGAACCUUAUUCGCCCAGGAAGUCAAGUCGAGUAGCUUCAAGAGCAAUUCGGAACGCGGUAACUCCACCACCUCCAACUAUCAAACAAAAUAUUCGCAACAAUCUUUCUACUCCACAAUCGACACCUCGAGCCGCUAGAAAGGUCGUAUUUUCCGGUACACCACAACAUAUUCACUCCUCGCAACCUAAAUCUCCUCAGACUGCGAUAAAACGACGCGCACCUAGAUCGGCUACCUCUAUCGAAGGGCGACAAGUUUCUGGCGCACUGAAUCUCGACAACACAACCUCCGCAGCUACAGCUCUUGGUCUAACUCCCAAAAGUAAAAAGAGAGAGCAUAAGAUGGACCACCAUCAGCGACCUGGCACAAUGGUUCGUGGCGAUGGCAUGCUACCAACACCUUCUAAGACCCCACGUCACCCCAAGCAAACGGAGGAAUUGAAAGAAGGAAUUAACGCGGUUUCUCGUACCCUUUUUACCUCAAUCCAUGCUGAUAAUUCAGCGGAUGCCAUGCCAAAACCGAAGAAGAGCCGCAAGAGAUUCGACAACUAUGGCCUUGAUAGCUCAUCUGUAGAUGAACCAAUUGCUAUCUUCACCGAUUCUGAGGACCGCAUUCCAGAGGUCGACAGCCAUUCCGAUAAUCCUUUCUUUGGUAGUAGCCCUCCACAGAAUACUAGAGGCAGAAGCAGAAAGCCCAAGUUGAUUCACGUUCCAGGAGAGGAAGACCAAACUAUGGAGCAGCUUAUGGGUCGUGAGGAUGGACAUGUUGCCAAUUUCCGUGGUAAACUAAUCUUCAAAAAGAAAUCGAAUGUCUCCACGAGUCAUAGUCCAACUCGAAGUGGAGGCCGUGCUGAAGUCAUGGUUCUCGACCAAAGUUUUGCUAGCGAGUCUAUUGGGCCAGUCACACGCUCAUGCAGACGCCAGCUGUUCACCAAAAAUCGCCAACCUCCUGCCAUUCCACAAGUCCAAGUCACCGAAGACGAAGAGGAGGCUUUGACUGACAUCGAGGAAAAGUUUGAUACCGACGCGACAGACACGGAUAUUGAGGCACGCACUCCAUUCCAUAUCCAGGGUCUUCUGACUCCCGAUGCACCAAGAUUUGGACCAACUUCCUCAACAACUAUCAAGAGAGCUACACGCGCUACAAAGAGAUAUGACGUUGUCGAAUCGCCAGUAACUCCUCCACGUCGCGGUCGAUCCCAGGUCACUAGUCCAUUUAAAUCAUCCGGGAGUGACAACAACUCUGAGCGCGCAGCGAGAAAGCGUGAUGGAGAAGCCGCUGCAAGACCUACUGAGGAAGUGAAGAGAGCACGUAACUAG